UGGAUUAUGUUGCAACAGUUGUUUGUUUAGCUACAGUGUCGGAGUAAUGUAGACUAUGUAUCGGGGAGAGAAAAGCCUUACGGAGAAGGAUUUUGGCGUGGCAUUGAACAAAUAUGAUGAUGCUUACAACAUGCAUAGUUGGUUCCAGAAACUCUUGAAAUCAAGAGAGUCUUCAUCAGCACAACAUGAACAAGAGGCAAAGGUGACACAAAAGUCAGUGUCUUCAGUAUCAGCUUCACCUUCAUCUGCAUCGUCAUUCUGUUCUUUGUCACCAUCAUCACCAGGGACAACCCCUUUUAAAACACUACAGUCCCAGUCUGCUCUGAGCUCACCGCAGCGAUGGGGCCGAAAGUAUGACGUGUUUGUGUGCCACAGCUCUGUGGGCAGUGACAUUGAAGAGGCUGGACGCCUGGUCUCUUUCCUCGAGGCCUCACCCCGUAGCCUUAGGUGCUUUCUCCGACAGAGGGACGACUGUCCAGGAGGUGCAAUUUCCACAGAGUUAUGCCAGGCUGUGCAGAACAGCCACUUAUGGGCCUUGUUUAUCACACCUAAUUUCCUGCAGGAUGACUGGUGUAUGUAUAUGAUGCACCAGGCUCUGGCAGAGGGGCCUAUGUCUAGUCGGCUUAUUCCCCUGAUUCAGAACCUGCCCCGCUCUCAGUAUCCUCAGGAACUGAAGUUCUACUUCUACAUAGACCUGAGUCAUAACCGUGACCAAGGUUAUACUCGCCUCAACAGGAGUGUGCUCAAGUACCUGGAAGACCUGGUUAAAAAUGAAAAGACACUUGAUUGCAGCAUGGACAGCUCUAGCAGUAGAUAAACAGCUCAAAAAAGACGUGAUGUGAAAGUAUGACCCAGCUGCAACUUCAAUCCCGCUGGAAGUAUAAAGAAGAAAGAUGGAAGCUUCAAUGAAGAUUGCUGUGAUCACUAUCAGUAGUAAUUAAAGACUGUGAGGAAGUACUCUGAAUGGCAAACACUGGAUGCUGCUACUGACCAACCUCCACUUCCAUAAAUGCCACCACACAUGUUAAUAAUCUGGUUCCUGUCAGCCUUGCUGCCUCACCUCAUGGGUAAAGGCUCUGUCCACUGGCUGUGUUACCGCCACCCUUAAGCACACAGUAAUGCUUCUCAAGAAACAAAGCCUUAACCCUCUGAAUUUAAAAAAUGUUAGACCCUUUUCCAAAUGACCAGAUUUAUUGUAAGUUGAGGGUUUACUUAGAAGAUGAUUUAUUCUUGCCACCAAAAAUCUAUAAAAUCUAUAUCUUCAAUAAAUUUCCAUCAGGCUUCCAUUCAUGUCCUAUCACCGAAACUGCUGUAACAAUCUGACGCUGGUGAUUGUUCAGUUUAAAUUUGUCUCAAUCUCAGCUGAUCCUGUGACACACUUGAUUAUUUUAUUCUCCAGACAGGUUAAAUUCUUAUUUAUCAAACUUUUUAAGCUUUCUUUUGAGAAGCUUACUCUUCUGUGGCCCAUCUGAUCUCGUCAAGGCUCCAUCCUUGGCCCCUGUUUCCACUGGGACACAUCACAUGUUUAUGUUCCAUUAAAACCAGUGAAUGAGGCAAUUAUUGUCUUGUCUAUCAGAAAUAUGCUGGACGACCCAAAACCAGUAUCCAACUGGUAACAUGAUAACUGAAGUCAUUCACUGUUUCUGUUUGGGCCUCCAAAGUCUUUCCCAAUUUUACAACAACAUGUUAACAUCAAAUUUUAAAUCUGCAACUAGAAACCUAUUUCAGUCAGGACCACUUUUGUCAAAAUGUCUUUUAUUCCAAAGCAGUAUAUUACAUUCGGCGGUACGGCUCUGUUCUGGGACCUUCUUGCCCUUCCACGUGCCUAUGAUAUAGCUGGAUUUGAGAGCCGAGCCUGACUUUGUGGCCUGCCUGAACUACUCAAUGUGUCAACGUCAAUGUGUAACAGUUGACAGUGACCCUUUAUCUUUAAAAAACUAUACAAAAGUCUUUAAAUCAUGUUUAUCAUCAACUGAGGAGACUCAACUGAAGUCUUUUCUCGUCCUGAUCUCGAAAAGGUCAUACAUUCUUUUUCAGCUUAGUUAGAUUAUUGCAAAAUAUAUGACAUAUUUAGGUUUAAGAUGCUCUGCUUUUAAUAUAUACAAUAAUAAUAAUAAUAAUAAUAAUAUACACUACUAGAAGAGAAGAUCAUAUGACUCUGUCAUUGUUUUAGCCUCUGGUUACUUGUACGUUUCAGUAUCAGUAAAUAUUUACUGAUUACCUUUAAAGCACUCUAUGGUUUUGCUUCCACUUAUAUUGCUGAACUUGAGUUCCCCUAUAAGUCAGAGCACAGCCUCAGAUCCUCAGGCUGUCCUGGCUCAAGACUAAAGGUGACCGGGUUUUUACAAUCAGGUCCUCUCAGCUUUUCCAACAGGUCUUAUUUAUUUUAUAAUAACUAUUAUCAAUUUUAUUUUAUAUUAUUGUUAGGUAUAUUAUUUUUGUAUUGACUGACUUUAUCUGUCUAAUUGGAGUCCUACAUUUUUAUAUUUUAACCCUGGUUUACAUAAAGUAUUUUGUAACUUUGU